AUGGACUCGACUCUCGACUUCUUUCUCGCUUACGUGUUGCGCGGGAGACAAGUCAACAGAUCUCCUCCUCCUCCUCCUCCUCCUCUUCCUCCUCCUCCUCCUCAUUCUACAGGAACCCCUUCCACGAGGAGUCAGGCAACGGCCCUAAACUCCGGCGGAGAGCUAUUCGAACUGAUCCAAAGGAUUCAUUCCUUGCACGGCAAAGCGAGGCGAGAUUCCAGCGUGAGCGCCCGGAGCAUCUCCCAGGCCGUUCAAAUCUGGCAUGAGCUUGACCAUUGGGAUCCAGAAGAGGCAGGGCCCUCACCAGAACUCUGCAGAUUGUAUGCCUCGUAUAGAUCCGCCCUCUUCAUCUGGGUAUACUUUGUCAUUUAUCCGAAUGAUAUGGAUGGGUGGAAACUCCAGGAUGCCCUCCAGGAUAUUCUGUCCAAUAUAUCGGGAGUUGAGACACAAGAUCUGGCACCCCUAGCGAUUAUUCCACUCUUUUUCGGUGGACUAGCUGCCACCCAGCCGGUUGAUCGAGAAUCUAUCAAGCAACAAUAUGAGCGAGUGCGACGAUAUAGCCAACAUGAGAGCCUCCGGGUAUCGUGGGGUCAUGUUCAGGGGGGAUGGGGGAAGUAUGAUCGAGGAAUAGAAGCCAGUCGGGAUUGGAUCUGA